UAGUCGAACAAUUAUUUUGGUAUAUACUUCUUCAGUCAUCAACAUUAAACAUCAUACCCUUUUAGGUUUUAAAUGACAGUGACAUUCUUUAUCAGCUUCAUUCCUUACGAAUCUAUAAACUCUAAUGAAUAUAACAUGUUUUCAAUGACAGUUAUAUAUGACGAUAAUGAAUCUGAAACUGAAGAAGACGAGGAAUUGUAUUGUGAAGAUCUACCUCAACCACAUUGCCUUUCUGGCGUUCAAACUGAAAAAAUAGAAAACGACACUGUUAAGAAUGAUUUACAAGAGACUCUUCAAGUAGAAAGUGACGUCUAUGAAGAGUAUGACUUUAUGCCAGAGAAACAGCAAGCUCAUGAAGCAUACCACUACAACAGAAAAUCGGAAACUGCCUAUGACAUUCCACCUGCGCCUUCUUCUUUUGAUGCUGUGAAUAAUUCAAAUCAAAGCAAGCUAGAAUAUGAUCUACAUGAAAUUAAUGCACCACCAGUUCCACCUCGGAAGUGGCAGUUGGCAAGUACACAGUUAGGUGAUAAAACUUUACCAGCAUCCUGUAGGGGAAUAUUUAAAAGAUUAUCAAGCAUCCUUGAUGACAGAGAAAGUAUAAAUCAGUCUGAAACUAUGGAUGAGUUUGAUGAUGAUAUGUGCAAGUUUGUUAAUCCUUCAGAUAAUGUAACAUUAAUGGGUGAAACUGAGAAGCUGAAGAAAGUACACCAUGUUCUUACUGUCCAAAACUCACUCUUGAAACAAAAGUGUUCUAUGUUUACAGAUAUAAACAAAGACAUGAAAGACCGUCGCGAAAUUUUGGAAAAAAUAGCACUUAAGGAAAAGGAAAAUCAUGCUUUACUUGCAGGCCCGGUAGCAAGUGACAAUCUUGAAAGUAAUGAAGAAGCAAACGAGUUUUAUCCAACGUCUAGAACCAAUUGGGGAGCUGAGGACACGCAUACAGAUACAUUUGUUCCGAUCAAGCAAACAUUUGAUUACAGAGAUCCAAUACUUACUGAAGAAAUAUAUUUUCCAGGCCUUGAAUCACAUUUCUCAUUAGAUCCUUCAUCAUUUGUUACUAUAUACGACGUAAACUUUGACAAUCGAAACAAAAUUGUAGCUAUGUUUGACAAAGACAGUGGUAUCGGUAUGAACUAAAAUAAACCCGAACUUUGGUGUGAAAGUUUCGUAGUAACACAAAAAAUGACAUCUUCUUUUUAAAGCUAAGUGGUACAUUACAAACACAUAAAUGCAUUGUAAAAAAACUACGUCAAUAUUUGCUAGAACAUUCAUGGAAUUGUUAAUAGUGAAAAUACAGCAUGAAAUACGAUGUCACUGUAAUGAUUGUUAGAUCAUUCCUUUUUAUAAUGCAGAUACAAGGACAGGAAACAAUAUCUUACUAGGAAAUUACUAUUAACUGAACUAAUAUUGUGUCUUAUGAUUGAUCAUAGCCCUCACUGCAAAACGCUGAUAAAGUUUUACAGAUAUUAUAUAUACUCUAAAUUGGUACACAAAUCAUUCAAAAAUAACGUUUCUCAUUCACAUCUGGCCUGUUUGGUUAACAGGUCAUGUUGACAAAUCAUGUAAACAGUGCAAUAAAAGGGUUAAAUUCCACGUGAAAUAGUUCCCUCAUAUGAAAACAAUCAUUUGCAAGAGACAAUCAGCUGGUUUGGAAAGGAAAGUUAUAUUUCAAAUGAAAUAUGUAUAACAGAAAGUUUGUACUUUUAUUAGAUCUUUCGUCUAAAGGACAAGGAAAUGUAAAGGAGUAGCUAAAAAAAAAUGAAAAACUGUCAAACGUGUACGCAAUGGAUCAAAAUUGUUUCGUCAAUAAAUAUCAGAAAGUUAGAUUUUUAUUUAAGCAUCUAUUGACAUUAUUGGAGCGUUAUAAUUAUUACACAGUUAUGCAAAUAAUGUUGAAAAACUACCCCACCGCAAAGCAAAGUUGUCAUGCAUAAAUUUUGACUGUUUAUGCCUUAUCUUAAGAGACUGUUUCAUUAAGCGACCAUUGUUGGUGUUUUUCUUGCGCGGUCCCUAAAAAGUCCGUAUGUUGUGAUCCACUAUAAAUCGUAUAUCAAUAAUUUGUUAAAUGUUGUUUUUGUUUUUGUUUGUUGUUUUUUUUCUUCUGUUCGAAUGGAUAUUAUAAACUACAAGGGUGAGGAUUAUGUAUUUAUACAACUGUAUGCAAAAAACAUGUUUCAAUUCUUCCAUACGUUUAAAUGCAUACGCUACGUGAUUUUUUUAUUUGGAUUAUUGCUAUAAAAUAAAAUUUUGGAACAGUUUUAAUUCAUAACUUAAUCACUUAUUUUUCACAAUAUGCUUUGUAGAGUCAGUUUUUAAUAUAUUGUGUUGCUUAUCGCCAUAAUGUCUUUUUUGUAUGUAAAACAAGUGUCACGUUAUGACAUUAUGUAAUUUCAUGUGAUUUUCAUUAUGUAUUGAUGAAGGCGUAACGCCGAAAAUUGUAAAAGAUUAACAUAACUCGAUCGUGUGAUUUUGCUUUUUCUGUUCCUAAUUUUUAAUAUUUAAUUAUUACAUGGAUCAUGAUUAACAGAUAUAUGUUUAUCAUUUAAGUGUUAUGAUUUUAUAACUUGUAGAAGCUGCCUAUGAAUGGUCAUACCUGGGUUGUAUUAUUUAAAAAUAUUUGUAAACGACAAUUUUAUACAAUGAAAAUACAUCAUGUCGCUAACAUUACUUACAAACCCUGUGUAUUGUUCUUUUUAUAUUA